AUGCCAUUGAUAACUGGAACCGGCAAGCCCAGGGUCAUCCUGGGUACCAUGACCUUUGGCCCAGACCCCGAAUCUGGCGCUCGAGUCACUUCCCUGGACGAGUACAAGAGCUGCCUCCAAUACUUUCAAUCCAAGGGUUACAACGAAAUCGACACCGCCCGGGCGUACAUCGCCGGCAAGGGCGAAGGAUGGACCAAGCAAGCCGGAUGGAAAGAGCGCGGACUUUCCGUCGCCACGAAACAUUACCCUACCCAAGCGAACCACCAUACCGGCGAGAAUGUCGAGGCGACGUUGAACAAGUGCUUAAGUGAGCUUGGGACUGACUGCGUUGAUAUCUUCUACCUGCACGCCGCAGACCGUACCCUCCCCUUCACCGAACCCCUGAAGAAACUCGACGAGCUGCACAAGAAAGGCAAAUUCGUUCGACUUGGCCUGAGCAACUUCACCGCCGCCGAAGUCGCUGAAGUGGUCAUGCACUGCAAGUACAACAACUGGGUCAGACCGGUACACAAUCCAGUAGCAGGCGGCAUCUUCUCCGGCAAAGUCAAAUCCAACUCCUCCAUCCCCCCCACGGGCCGCUUCAGCGACACCGCCAACUCCGGCGCCAACUACCGCAAACGCUAUUUCCAAGACGCCACCUUCGAAGCCCUGCGCCUGAUCGAACCCGUCGUAGAGAAACACAACCUGACGCUGAUCGAGACGGCGCUGCGGUGGGUGGUGCACCACUCGAAGCUGGAGAUCAAAAGCGGCGACAAGGACGGGAUCAUCAUCGGCGUUUCGAGCCAGGCGCAGUUGGAGGGGAAUUUGGAGGCUUUGGAGAAGGGCCCGUUGCCGGAGGAGGUGGUGAAGGUCUUGGAUGAGGCGUGGUUGGUGACCAAGGCGACGGCUGUGCCGUAUUGGCAUGGGACGUUGGAGUAUGAUUAUGAUACUGUCAAGGCGUUGUUGGAGGAGCCGAAGUUGUAG